AAGCAGCGCUUUUCCCAACUGCCGGUGAUCUCUGAAACAGACUCUGAGGCUCCCUCUUUGCUCCAAUAGACAGGAGCUACUUAGCUGUAUAAUCGCCAGAUUCUCAACUGGCCUUUUCACUGCUAGCAGGAUCAGAUUGCAUUUCUCCCAUUAUUCUCCACUCCCAGGCUUCUUGAUCAGUUUAAGAAGCAGAAAAGAUAAAUUCUUCAAUGCCUGGAAGGGAAAACAAAAUAACCUCAACUCCGUUUUGAAAAAAAUUCUUUCCAAGAACUUUCUUCAGAAAUUUUACUCCACUAGAUGACUAAGACAGAACCUGGUACCAGGAGUCACUGGUUGUGGUUCUAACAGAUACCUGAGAUGUGGAAGCGGUUUCGAAACUGUGAAUUGAUAAUUGCGACAGCAGCAGAGGACCAGCACAGCAGAGAACCUGAAGUGGCAGAGAAGCAGCAACAACAGAGAACCAGCAGCAGCAGAACCAGGAGACCACCACUAAACAGUGCUGGAGCUGACCCAUAGAGUGACAGAGCUGAGUGCCUGUGCUCAGGAGGCUUCCUGGCAGAGUAGGGUGCCUCCAGGCACUUAUCGGUAGAGCUACUGAGCUUUGGAACACUUGCCCCAGCAGGGCAGAUGUAGGUAUAAGGCCUGAGGAGCCAAGAGGCCAAGAAACCAGGACACAGAAACUGAAGAGACAAGGAACACAAGAAGCUGAGCUGUCUCCGUCUCAAAAGAGAUGAUGUAUACAAUGAAGAAAGAACAUGUGUUUUGGGCCUCUGUAUGUCUGUUGCUUAGUCGUGCCCCUGCCCCUCUUAAGGCCGGUUCUGAGGAAGGAGCAGAAUUUACCAACAUUACAGAUAUUGUGUUACCACCACUGAAACUUAUAAAUUCAUUUUGUGCAUUGAAGGCGGAUGAUGGCCCAUGCAAAGCAAGGAUGAAGAGAUUUUUUUUCAACAUUCACACUCGACAGUGUGAAGAAUUUUUCUAUGGGGGCUGUGAGGGAAAUGAGAAUCGAUUUGAAAGUCUGGAAGAGUGCAAAGAAAAGUGUACAAGAGAUUAUCGAAAGAUUACACAGACAGUUUUGCAAAAAGAGAAACCAGAAUUCUGUUUUUUGGAAGAAGAUCCUGGAAUUUGCCGAGGUUAUAUUACUAGAUAUUUCUAUAACAAUCAGUCAAAACAGUGUGAACAUUUCAAGUAUGGUGGGUGCCUAGGCAAUCAAAACAACUUUGAAUCACUGGAAGAAUGCAAGAACACUUGUGAAGAUGUAGUGAAUGAUUUCCAGUUAGAUACUGUGAAUAACUCUCCCACUCCCCAGCCUACCAAGAUUUCCAGGAUUUGGGAAUUUCACGGCCCGUCAUGGUGUCUGACUCCAGCAGACAGAGGAUUGUGUCAAGCCAAUGAGAGCAGAUUCUACUUCAAUUCAAACACUGGGAAAUGCCACCCAUUUAAGUACAGUGGAUGUGGAGGGAAUGAAAACAAUUUUACUUCUAAGAAAGCAUGUCUUAGGACAUGUAAAAAAGGUUUCAUCCGAAGAAUAUCAAAAGAAUUCAUUAAAACCAAAAGAAAGAGAAAGCAGCAAGUGAAGAUGCCACAUGAAGAAAUUUUUGGUGAAAAGAUAUAAAUUUGUUACAUAAUCAGAAGAUUAGCUCUACUAAAUACUUUCCAUGAAGCUUAACACUAUGAUUUUUUUUUUUUCCUUUCCCAUAACCCUUUGGGAA